UUCAGAAUGGAAGUGGAGCAAUGCUUAGGCUUUGGUCCAAGUAGGCUGUCCUUUGCUCUUAAAAUUAACGCCUAGUUGUUGCUUAUCUAUAGUUCACAGUGCAGUUGCUAAAAGCAUUAAGCGCUUGUGAUCCACACACAGAUCGUCGUCCAGGAAUUAUUGGAAAAUGGCCCACCUGAUAAACAGCGAUGUGUUUCUGGCCUUCUCCACGUACGCCACCAUUGUCGUCCUCAAAAUGAUCUUCAUGUCUUUUCUGACUGUAUACCACAGGAUGAGCGAAAAGGCCUUUUCAAACUGGGAAGACACCAGAAGGGUCUCUAAAGAUCCAGAAGAAAGAAAAAAGAUGCUCCAGACCAACGCUAAUGUAGAACGUGUCCGAAGGUGCCAUCAGAAUGACCUGGAGAACAUCAUUCCCUUUGUGGUAAUUGGUCUUCUGUACGCUCUCACGAGCCCGGAUCUCUCCACCGCUCUGUGGCACUUUAGGGUGUUUGUGGGUUCACGGUUUAUCCACACGGUGUCCUAUGUGAUGGCCAUUCCCCAGCCCAGUAGAGCUCUGUCUUGGAUAGUGGGAUUGUUGACAACCUUCUCCAUGGCCUACAGUGUCCUCACAACUGCACUUUUCCUUUAAUGUCCAAUGCAAUGUGAAGAAGUUGGGAAGGGGUUUGCGUUAAAUAAGUAUGUUUAUCCAUUUUACAAUUUCAGUUUAUAAUAAAAUCAUUUUAUCAGUAUUUUGUACUAUCAAAGAUAUUAACUACAGUCAAUGCAGUAAAGCUAGCAACAGUAGGGCACAUAUCAGUCUAUGAAGACGUUCAUCAGUGACUUGCACUGUUCGGUCAUGGCUACCAGGCCAUUGUCAUAGUGAGUCAGCAUAAAUAAGAGGGUUGUUGUCUAUUCUUUCAUUCAUUCUUGUAUCUCAAUGCAUUAGGUGGGGUUGCAGUUGGGUUUUCAGUUCAACGUUUCACAGUCUAACAUUUGAAAAUGUGACUUCAGCAGUUAUGCAUGCAAGUGUAAAAGUACAUAUAUAUGACCCUGGAUCACAAAACUAGUCUUAAGAUGCAUGGGAACAUUUUAGUAAUAGACAUAAAUACAAAUUUUCUUUUGUGCCCAAAAUCAUUGGGAUAUCAAGUAAAGAUCAUGUUCCAUGAAGAUACUUUGCACAUUUCCUACCUAAAAUAUAUAAAAACUUUAUUUUUGUGAGUGGAUGGCCUGCCACAGUGCCCCUAUUAACAACUUCAAAGGUAAAUUUCUCAAUAUUUAGGCUUUUUGCACUCUCAGAUUCCUAAAUUUUAAACUGUUGUAUCUCAGCCCAAUAUUGUCUUAUUCUAACAACUCCUACAUCAAUCGAAAUCUCAUUUAUUCAGAUUAUGGAAAAACUCAAUUUGGGAAAAGUGGACUGGUUUUGUUGUCCAGGGUCACUCAUUAUAAAACUCUUACGUAAUUAUUUUUUGUUAAAUGUUUAACAGAAGAGCAUUCCAACUUUGAAAUGGAGAUUAAAAAUGAGUGUAUUAAAUAUAAAUGUAUAAAUAAACAAUUUUUCGCAAAACAGCA